AUGAGCAGUGUUGAAGCAGAUUCCUUUAGCCAGGCAAAUAAAUCAGUAGACGACUUGCUAAAAGAAAUAGAUUCGCAAAGUCCGGAACUCAAAGCCUCAAGCAGUCUGAAUUCCAUAGACAGUGGCAACAUUUCCUCAACUGGCGAAUCACAGAGUGACUCCGAUCAUUCGGGGAGUACACUGAAGGGCGGAAAUUUAUCAGAUGGCAUUUCGAGUGGGACCGAAACUCGAAUUAGUUCAAAUCGCAAACCUGGGAUUGCACUUCCAGAUCUUUCGUUAAACUCAACAACAGAACCACUCAAGGUGACCAGCAGUAAGGAGAGUGGCGCAGCAGACGAAUCGCUUCAAAGGGAACCGGGUCGGAAACUUUCCGGACCAAGACCUCUGGAUGAUGAUGAACAAAACAACCAGUUGCAAACCCCAGUUGUUCUCAAAAGUGACGAAAACGGUUUGAUGAAGACAAUUCCAACAAUUCACAGGCCGUUGCCGACAAUCCAGCCGUCUCCAUCUGACUAUAGCAUCCGCUCGAUGCCGAAUAUAGCCAAUAACGCACUGACCAGUACCGCAAAGCCAGAUCUUCGCAAUGUUAGUGGUGGUUCAACAGACUCCGAAAAGACUAUAGCUCUGUCUCCACGUUCACAGGCCCUUAACUCAUUCUACGAUAAAGAAGUGGCUGAGCCCAGCGCUGGGCGCGAACCCGAGUCCGCCCUGGAGAAAACACCAAUCCCUAACCUAUCGAAAAAUACAUCAUUCCCACUUCAAAAUGAAAUCGGGUCCGAAAGUUCGGAUGACUCCGAUGCCAGCACAGUUCCCGCACAAAGUAUUCUCAGCACGGAAAUCGUGAACAAGAGCAUGGUGGCCACAAAGAAGCCAACCGCCGGAAAGCCUGUUUCUCGCGAUGUGAUUGGUCGAAGAUCCGUUUCUGCUAUCAGCAGUUCAACAACCAUGACAAGCGAGUCGGACUUUGUUUCUGCAAGUGAAGGCGGGUACACCGAUGAGGAAUCAGACGAAAUUGGUGCAAACAUCAACGGUUCCGGUCUUGGCAACGGUCUCGGAUUCCCGACAUCCAUUUCUGCAUCCUCCGGCUUUACCGACGGAAAUGAAACCGUUGCAACCGUUGGAGAUCGUUCAGACACAGAUGUGGAGCCGGAUGCCACAAUUAGCAACUCAUCCUCCAUGUCUAUUUCUACAACAGUGCACCAAUUGAGUGAGAAACCUGAAGCACCUUUUGAAAAAGCUGCAGAUACAAGUUUGAGCAGUUCCGGCAUGAUUGAACAAUCUAAUUUGUCUGGCCUUGAUGACAACUCUGGAGCAUCUGUGAUUCACCAUACGGAACUUCUUGAUUUAGCAAAUGCAGAAAGUGGAGUUGAUAAUGGCCGGAUGGUGUCUCAAUCCACCGUAAGCACAACUAGUACUUUUGACUCUCGCAAAUUUGUUCUUGAGGACCCACAUUUCAAUCCAGAUGACACUAGUCAUGCUCUUGAUGGCUACAAGUAUGAUCCGACCCUUAAAGUUGCUCCAAUUGAUGGAAAAGCCGCCAAUAAUGGUAUCUCAGUCCGGAAACUGCAUAAAGACACAACUUCCGAUGAAGUUGCUCCUCGUGAAAGCAUUCUUGAUAUCUGGUCAAAGCAGGAGAUGUUCAGAAGAGUCAGUAGUCACUCGGAUGACUUCCAAUCGCUUGGAAAGCACGGAAAAGCGAGGUUUUUGGUGAAAUCAAAGCCACCCAAGUUUGUGCACGUUAUUCCAUCAUCAAAAAUUGCAAUUUCCCCGUCACCAAGUUCAAAAUUGUACUCGAACUUUGGUCCGGCCUGGGUGAAAAGUAGAAUGGAAGUUCUUCCAUCUGGUGAGCUUAAUAAAAGCGUCGAUUUGGAUACUGCGGUGUUCGAAGAGAGAGAUGAAGCAAGUAUUUCUGCCGACUCGUCUGAAGAAGCAAGCACAAAUGUGGAUGAGCAGUCUCCCGGUACUGAUGAUGAAGGUAGUUUAUCAGAGUAUGAGGAUGCAAAAAGAGAUCUUGUGCAAUCCACUGCAAUUGGAGAAAGCGACGAAGAUGUUCAUGAUGUUGAAAAAGUUGAGCCGAGAUCUUCGCAAAAAGAAAGCGAUGAAUCUGCUCAAAGUAGCUCAUGUUCGUUCUUGGAUGAGUCAAUAGACCUUGGAAAAUACCUUAAGCACCCAUUGGAUAAACCAGACAACGAAGAAGACUUGUUUGCAAGCGAUUGGGUUGAUAUCAGCGAAGAAAACUCCAGUCUGAAUACUUUCAGCGGUGCAAAAAUGACAAACGGAACCAAUUCUAGUGGCAGUCAACUUACGCAAUUGUGGAGAAAUGGCACACUUAAGCAAAAGCCAGAGAAGCAAGUUGUUAAGGAGGAUCCCGGUGAUAAGUUUGUGCAUCUUUCAGUCAAGGAGAUGGAGAGUUUCAUGAUCCGAAAGAAGAUGACGAAGGAAAAGUUCCAGAUCAAGAAUGCAAAUGGAACUGCCGAGGUUGUCAGCAAUAUCUCUUUUAAGCCAGAGCAGAAAGGUCAAAUGGUAGAUGAGCCUUCUGCAGAGGUUGAUUCCACUGCCAGUGCACUUAUUUCCGAUUUGGCUAUUCCAGGAGGAAUCCAAGGUGAAGAAAAAACCGAGCUAAUCGAUGAUUUGGAAGCUGACCGUCUUUUGAAAAGCUUUGAGACAGAAAAGCACGAUGAUACAUGUAGUGUUACUUUGAAAGAGGUGUCACCAACUGUUGAUUCUGAGUCAGUCGAGCCAAAGAAGGAAUCACCGGCAGAUAAUGGCAAGAAGAUUUCACAGAAAACACCAAAGAAGCAAGAAGUGAAUACUCCAAAGAAGGUGAAAGAGCCUGAAAGUAUGGAAAAGCAGGCGGAAACGCGGCAGCCCGAUCAAAUACCUGAGAAAAUACAUCUUGUGGAUGGAGAGCAAGGAAGACUAUUCUUGAAAUUGCAAGAACUCGAAAGUUUGAGGUUGCCAGAUGUGGAAAACAGAAAGGCCAAGUUUAAGGUUGUUAUCGACAAUGGCAUUCACGUCUUGUCAACUGAGUUUUUCGACAUCAAGAGACGUAACGGAGAUACCUCUAUCAACAAAGAAUUCGAGCUUAUUGUUCCUGAAAAGUUGAAUAUCGUGAUAACUCUCAAGCUGCAGUACGAAAAAAUGCAAAACCAAUUGGUGGAAGUUCAUGAAAGAAAGCGUGUCAAGUCCAAGAACAUCUUUUCGAAGAUGUUCGGAGGAAACAGCAUUGUUACAACGACCAAAUAUGUGAAUAAGCUAGCGAAGUAUGAUCCGUUGUCUGAGUGUGUUGCUACAGAUGGUUCCUUUGCAAAGAUACAUAUUAACUUUGACAACUUCAAGGACAAAAUUACCGGAGAGGUGGGAAAUUUCGUCUUGGAUGGUUUCAAUGAGUGGAGGAUGGUGAAAGUGGGCAAGAAUCUAAAGCCUCGACCUUUCAAUAUUUGCAAACUCCGGGCGGAAAUGCUGUUUGUGCCGCGUAAGUCUAAAUAUGAGAUCCUGCCACUCAGUAUCAAAAAUGCAAUGAAGCAAGUAGAGGAAAUUGGCAAAACUCUUACCUACAUGCAGGAAGGAUACAUGUAUCAGGAAGGAGGAGAUAUCGAUGUGUGGACAAGACGCUACUUCAAGCUUAAAGGAUAUGAUUUAUAUGCACAUAACGUGGACACAAUGAAGCUGAAGGCCAAGAUCAACUUGAGAAAAGUCGUCUACAUCGAUUAUCCUGGUAAGAAGCCUGUUGAUAGUACGGAUUCAGAUGCAAAAUCGCAAGUUUCUGCAUCUUCGGCUACAAGUGACAACACGAAAAGAUCCAGCCAGAGAAUAAUUAGCGAGACUUUGAUACUCAACAACGGCUUCAAGUUAAGGUUUGCAAAUGGCGAGUCGAUCGACCUUGGAUGCGACUCCAAGCAAGAAAGAACCGUUUGGAUCACUUUAAUAGAAGAUAUCAUCACCAAGAAUAAUUUCCGCUGCCAACCAUGGGUUAGGUUAAUGUCGAAAAAGAUGGCCGAAAGAAAGGAAUGUGCUUAUGUGCCUAAUUCGGUUGGCGCAUGA